AUGCGGGCAUCUGCAGCUGUGCGAUGUAUUUUAUCCAGCACAACGCUCACAAGUCAGAUAACUCAAUUAGUUCAGCGGGCGGAACAACAUCUGAAGGUUAAGCCCGCUAAUCCCUGUUCCUUGGACACCAGUUCCACGCCUGUCGCGGACAAUCUGUGGGAACAAGUGAUGGCCGUCGCUCCGUCUGCUCGUGCUUUAAAGGAGACGGACACGCUGCUGGCACUUGUCUUUCGAUUACUUCGGAGUGGGCUGCAGCCUCCCAGUGGUGAGGCUGCUACCGAAACAUGGUCAGCUCUCAUUCGCGACUUAGCUCCCUACAGUGAUGUUGAGGCCAAUUCAGUUCUUUCAUACCCAGGAACCCCUGAGUGUGCCGAGGAGCUUGGGGGGGCCAUGGCCAAUGCUUUAUGUGCUGCUGAGGGCCGCAACAAUUCUAAUUGUGACUUGGAUGAUCGCCCACUGUUGCGCCUCACCCGAGAGACGCUAUUGCUAACGGGUGGAGUAGUGCCUCUUAGCGCACGGGUUCCUUGUAGUGACGGCGGGGCCAUCGGUCAGCUGUUGGAUGCAUUUUGUGUUUGUUGCGAAGCGAGUGGCAAUGCCAUGAUGUCUAGCGCGUCCCUGGAAGAGAUGUCGAAAGCGGUACUUAGCGCCUUGCAUGUUAUUGCAGAAACGGUGGACGUAAGGGAAACGAGUCCAUUGGUUUUGUCCCUUUUGCGAUUUAUGCGUUUGCUAGGUGUUCGCGAAAAGGGACAGUAUAAACAAAACGAUGAAUCUAUGGGAUCUGUUGCGUCCUUUGCGGAGGAGCUCACAUCUGUUCUAGCCAAUAACGGCCUCGGUGCCCGCAUUGUACUCUUCUUUGUGCAUGAGCAUUGUGAGGCAACUCCCGAGGAAAUGGUACCCCUACCCCUUGUGUGUCUUGCGGCCCGAGGCAUAUGGAGGCACUACCGCACAGCAGACACCACGUUCCCCUGCUUAGAGCACCUUAAAUACGUGAAUGGUGCCGUGGAUGUUACGCUGCAGCGAAAUGCAAAUAGCAACAAUAUUCUAGGACUGCAAGAAAAUGAAGAGGGUGACUUGCGGCUACAGGUUUCUUUGGCUUUACUAAGGGGGAUGCGGCUGCACGCAGAUUCUCCGGACGUGUUUCUCCGAAGUGCUAUUGAUGUCGUGGACAGCUGCCCCGCGAGUCUUUCACUUGAGUAUGAAGUGUUGGUGGCAAAAACUAAUUUGUUGGAUAUGUUUGCUGAUGACGAGGCAAGUUGCAGUGCUAUUUACGAUGAUCUUUUGCAAUCACUAAGGGCACUUGUGGAAUUGCGGCCACGGGAUGCCGAAAACGAUGUUUCAUCUAUGAAUACGCAUGAAGGAGGGGAAGGGGAUGCUGCAAGUGAUGGCAAAGUGACUAGAAAGAAAAAGCUGCAAAUUAAGCACAUGGAAGAAGAUAGACAGCUUUUGCGUGAGCAGUUUCAGGAGGCACACCGUAUUGUUGUGGAGGCUUUUGUACGUUCUCGCAUUCAAGAGCGACUAAAUCAGGCUUACACCAUACUCGUGACCCACAAGUAUCACGGACUUGUCAUCACUCAGGAGGUUGCAUACCCGCUUUUAGAUGUGUUGAGUCGUCGUGGUGACUGCCGUGUCUUUAAUAUUAUUGAUCUCUGUGUGCUAUACAGUGGAUGCACCAUUGACUAUGAUGCACUUACAUGCCUUUUUAGGGCUUGCCGCGUUGCUGGUGACUUUUACAGGGCACGUACACUUUAUCAGUUGCUUAAGGAAAUGAUUCCGGGCUUUCUGCUUAGAGCCCCGACCACCAUCAGGGAAAUGCUACGCGAGUUGAAAGUAGUGGACCCCGAACCGACGCAUCUGUUUGCUGACACGCUUUUGGGGAAUGGAACCAUGGGUGGCGCCGAGUGUCCUGCUAAUAUUUUGCCCGUGGAGUUAAUUGAUGAAGACGAUCCCUCGAAUCGUCGGCGAGGCCCCCUCCGAGAACUCCCUAGUGCAAAGGCUGAGUAA